AUGCCAUGUCUCCUGAAAGCUCCUCUUGUUUGCAAACUGAAGUGGCGGAAUCCCAUAUUACCUUUCGAGGAUGCUUCAUUCAUAGAAAAAAUGUGUCAGAAAUAUGAUUGUUCCCUCUUUGUGGUGGGUCUUCACUCCAAGAAGCGACCUCACAACAUAAUACUCGGGCGAUUACAUGACGGUGAGAUACUUGAUAUGUUUGAAUUAGGUAUACAAAGUUACCAAUCCCUCCCCAAAUACGGUCCAGGCAUAACCGGCGCUAAACCAAUGCUCCUGUUUUCUGGAACACUAUUUGACGAGGACCGCAAAUUCGUCGCAUUGAAAUCCCUGCUGAUCGACCUAUUUAAGGGCCCUAAUGUUGAAGGCAUCAGAAGUCUUGGUGUCGAGCAUAUGAUCCACUUUGCUAUGGUUUCGGAUACUUCGCUUGCCAUGCGUGUUAGGCACUUGUCCUUUUGUUCAAAUGAUAAACGUCUUACCGACGUCGCUGCGCCGGAUGAAGUCGUUCCCCCGUUGUUUACGCCAUGGGGGGCUUCUUUAAAGUUGCAAUUAGAUGACUCCGGACCCUCAGUGGAUUUUGAAAUUCGUCGCGUCACUCUGCCCUCUGAGGAGAAGUGGAAACGAGCGCACCGCCUUCCUCCGGAGACAAUGUUGUCAAAGAAGACUCCGCGAAAUCAAGAGACAGAUGUUUUCGGCAGUCGCAUUGGACGUGUUCAUGUGGGAAAGUCCGACAAAAUGGAGACGAUUCGUCCUGGUGCUUCAUUGCGAACCGCUUUAACUGGUAAUCGCAAACGAGGAUUCGACCGGCACAAAUCCACCAAGUCUCAAUAUGUUGACAGUCCUGCGAACAAACGGAGGAAGCUUUCUGGAAGCGACUAAACUACCAUGUAUAGUAGCAUUGCACUUCCGAUACACUUGUAAACACGGAUAAAAAUUUCCGAAUUCUUUCUUAUUCAUA